CCUUCCAUGUGCGGCUGCUCCAAUCAGCAGCUCUGGUUUGUUGCUACCGUUCGUGAAGGGGGAUCCAGGUGCUUCAGACUCACAGCUGGGAAAGAAUCAAGAAAUCGUUUGAAGAAGGAAAAAGGGAGACGGACACGACGCAAGGCGGGAUGGCUCGGAAUCAGAACAUUUGAAAUAUUUGUAACUGUAAUAUGUCGGCCGCUGAGGUGAAGGCUGGCUCUCAGAAUCUGGAGCAGUUCCUCCUGCUCGCCAAGUCCACUAAAGGAGCUGCGCUGGCAGCCCUGCUGAAGCAGCUGCUGGAGAGCCCUGGAGUGUACGUGUUUGGAGAGGUGCUGGAUAUGCCCAAUGUGAGAGAGCUGGAGUCUGGUCCUCAUGCUUCAGUCUAUCAGCUUCUCAACCUGUUUGCGUACGGAACCUACUGCGACUAUAAAGAGAAUGCCUCCUCCCUGCCCGAGCUCAGUGCUGCUCAGAAGAACAAGCUGCGCCACCUCUCUAUAGUCACACUGGCAGCCAACCUCAAGUGCCUGCCCUACUCCCUCCUGCUCACAGAGCUGGAGAUGAGGAACGUGAGGGAGCUGGAGGACCUGAUCAUUGAGGCCAUCUACGCUGACAUCAUUCAGGGCAAGCUGGACCAGCACAAGCAACAGGUGGAGGUGGACUUCAGCAUGGGCCGGGACCUGCAGAGAGGAGAGCUGCCCUCCAUCUCACACACCCUGCAGGAGUGGUGCUCUGGUUGUGAAGCAGUGCUUGCUGGGAUUGAAGAGCAGGUGAUGAGGGCCAAUCAGUAUCGAGAGCACCAGCUGAAGGUCAAGCAGCAGGUCGAGAACGAGGCCCCGCCUCCGCUGCAGCCAAUCAAGACCCAGAGCAGCAGGCUGGCGAGCCGCGAGACUCCGCCCCCUCCCAGGACCCCCGACAGCCAACCGGCAAGAAGAGCUCCAAGGUCAAAGGGUUGCGAGGAAGUGGCAAGAUUUGGUCCAAGUCUAACUGAAGGAAAGAAGAGAGAAAGAAAUAAAGGAAGUGAGAGGGGUUUCUGGUCUACAGAGAGAGAGACACGCACACUGACACACACACACACACACAGAUUUAUAUGCAUCAAUAUUAUUCAAUGGCUUGUGUGAAUGCUUCAUUUUAUUUUCCUCACUAAUUCAAAGGAAAGUGUUGCUAAUGGAGAUUUCAAUGCGGGUGAAAGAAUGGGCUUCAUUGAAGCCUGAUUUAGCACUUUUUUUUAACUUAAAGGGUACAUCAGCACUACAUGAAAGAUAAAACAUAAACUAUCCCACCUUGCUAUUCCGAAUGUAUUUGAUCAUUGUAUAAUAAUCCAUAUGCGCCCAAACAUCUGCAUAAUGCCACACUGCUAUGUCCAAAAUCACUGUUCUUGAGCAUCUCUUCUGAGCCUAAAAACAUGACUUCCGCGUGUACCCUCACAUGUACUCUAAAAUAUACCAGUGUGUGGAAACACACUAGUCCAUAAGGAAUGAACUUGUACCUGCUUUCGUUUUGUGAAGUAGACAUUUUUCACACUGUACAUGUUUCCUUCGUAUGUUCUAUAUUGAUGUAUUAUUAGGCUUCCCAGCCAGAAUGGUAGGGUGGUAGGCACCUAAGGGAAGUUGUGUCAGAGCGAAAAUGAAGGUCAUAGGUCACAUGGUGUGGUGGCCAUAUUGGAUUUUUCAAGAAUUUUGGACAAUUUAAAAAGAUCUUCUUCUCCGAACCGGUUUACAGCAGAGAUCUGGAACUUGGUGCACAUACUCCCCCAUGGCCUAGAUUUACGGUUGUUCAAGAGAAGUCGAUCGGUCACAUCGUUUGGCGGCCAUAUUGGACUUGUCAAAAAUAUUUAAACAAUUUCUUCUCUGAAACGAUUAUGCCGAUUGAAUCAAAACUUUGAAUACAUGGCCUUGGCAAGGUUGUCUAUCAAAUUUGUUCAACGCAAGUUGCCACAUAAAAAAACGGCCACCGCAAGCCAAUCAAAUUUCAGCUAUGGUCAAUUUGCAUAUAUUUUAGUGUUUCUCUAUGUACAAUGGGGUAGAGUGAUGAAACUUCAUACAAUCGUAGAUAACUAUGGGAAAUUAUUGUCAACGAAAGAAUGAAGUUGAUUGGUCACAUGAUUUGGCAGCCAUACUGGAUUUUCCAAGCCAAAUUUUCGUAUAUGUCCGUAAAAUCAACACCAUUGCAGGAAAACUCACUUGGUAGGGUGGUAGGCACCUAAGACAAGUUGUGUCAGAGUGAAAAUGAAGAUCAUAGGUCACAUGGUGUGGCGGCCAUAUUGGAUUUCUUGAGAAUUUUGGAUAAUUUUAAGAAAUUGUCUCCGAAACUGCUUGUCACAGAGAUGUGAAACUUGGCGCAAUAGACUGCCCUCAUAGCCUAGAUUUAUGGUUGUUCAAGAGAAGUCAAUUGGUCACAUGGUCUGGUGGCCAUAUUGGAUUUGUCAAAAAUAUUCAAACGUCUUCUCUGAAACCAUUAUGCCGAUUGAAGCCGAACUUUGCAUCUAAACAAGCUCAAAUGCAAAACUCGUUUAGAACUCCUUUGAGAGUUGACAGUGUCAUAGCUACCAUGGAAUACACAAAUUAACCUAUAAAAGCUCUAUUCAAAAAUUAACUUGACCGUGACCUUUGACCUGUCCUUAAGGUAAAAUGCAAAACUAGCUUAUAACUCCUUAGAGUGCAGAUAGGGUCAUGGUUUCUGUGAACACAGAUAGUAACAAGAAUGCCUUGGAAGCCAUCAAGUUGCUUGCAACUAUAGUUAUGAUUAAUGUUGCAUUCAAUUAAAAAAGGCUGUGCUGUGUAAGUGGUUGCGGGGAAAAGAAAACCAAGAUGGAGUUGUUCUCUUUUCCAACUAAUGAAGGGAUUCGGAAUGUUUGCAGAAUGGACGCGUAUCAAAUAAAACAAAUAAACUAGAUGGUAACUUUACAAGUAAAGUUGUGGGGCUUGCUUUAUUGGGAAAGUGGUCAAAGUAGCUGAUUUGUGUCAAAAGUCACAUUGUUUACUAAUUGUCUCAUGCUUAGAAUGUGCUAGAAUUUAAAAUUUCUCAAAGUUCUAUGACAGUUAAUUCAACAGUGGGAAGUAGCCUACUGAAAGAAGUUGAUGCGGUUACUAAAACAGCUGUACCUCUUGAUUGGUAAGUUAUUUCUGUUUUGAUUUCAUAUUUGAAUAGCAGAGAAGUAGAGGAAGAUGUCAUACCCUCUAACUUUUUGUCUAGCUUGUUGGGAAAGUGGUCAAAGUAGCUGAUUUGUGUCAAAAGUUACAUGGUUUACAGUAAAUAGAAUGUUGGAAGUCUGGGAGUUUUUAAACAAUGGGCAGCUUUAGAAUGUUGAAAAAAGUCCCAUUUAAAGUGAAUGAAGAUGGACAAAAAAAGGACAAAAAGCUUAAUAGUUUAAAAAGUAUACAAUAUAUUAAAAAGUUGUAUACAAGCACAUUAUUCCAGACCGGUCUACACGUUUUAAAGUUUGAACGGCGUUUGUAGCUUAAACGGUGUAAGAGGAGUAGCGUGCCAAAUAAUAAUAAUAAUAAUAAUAAUAAUAAUAAUAAUAAUAAUAAUAAUAAUAAUAAUAAUAAUGUCGAAGAUUUAAAGAGGGGACUCUUGCUUCGCAAGCCCCACUGACUAGAAAAUGAGAUUCGGGAAGAAUGUAUUUCCUUUCGGAAUGAGGUAUUUGAGGAUGAUCUGACUUAAAAUAAAUAUUGCAUUUUUUCAUCCUUCGUAUUUGGUUUUCAUUUGCAUUUCCCGAUACAACACAUGCACAAUUGUCUACACACUGUUGAGUGGGAAAGUCAAAUUCGGCCACAAAUUCCAUCUCCCUGUCAGUUUCUGAACAAUCUGAUGCUAAAAUAUUGUCUGGCAGUAUUUCGGACGUUCCCUGUGUACAGUCACACUGUUGCUGAGGAAAAUUUGAAUUUAAACUAUUAAUGACACAGCUUCUGAUAGGGAGAUGGAAUUAGUGGCCGAAUUUGACUUUCACACUCAACGGUGUGUAGAUGAUUAUGCAUGUGUUGUGUCAGGAAUGCAAAUGAAAACCAAAUAUGAAAAAUGCAGUAUUUAUUUUUUUAGGUCGGAUCAUCCUCAAGGACCUCAUUACAAAAGGAAAUGCAUUGUUUCCAAAUCUCAUUUGCUAGUUUAUUUAAUACGUAUCAAUUCUACAAACAUUCUGAAUCAGCUGGAGCUAUAUCUAAGACUUUUGGGGACAUAUAUUGAAAUAGCACAGUGCUGCUAUAAUUGUGGUUGGGUUCCUUCAUUAGCUGGAAAUGAGAACAACCACUUACACAGCACAGACUUUUUCUUUUUUAUAUUGAAUGCAUUAAUCAUAAUAAUAAAUCAAAUUACAACAUGCAAAGGAAACAUGUACAGUGUGAAAGAUGUCUACUACACAAAACGAAAGCAGGUACAAGUUCCUUCCUUAUGGAAAAUUAAAUGGGACCAUGUUUGUCACACAGACCUAGUGUGUUUCCACACGGGGGUAAUAUUGCUUAUACAACGCUUCAUUGGGAAUGCACUGGUACAUUUCAGAGUACAUGUGAGGGUACAUGCGGAAGUCAUUAUUAUUAUUAUUAUUAUUAUUUAUUUCUUAGCUGAUGCCCUUAUCCAGGGCGACUUACAAUUGUUACAAGAUAUCACAUUAUGUCAUGUUUUUUGGCUCAGGAGAGAUGCUCAAUAACAGUGAUUUUGGACAUAGCAAUGUGGCAUUAUGCAAAUGUUUGGGCGCAUAUGUAUUAUUAGACAAUGACCAAAUACAUUCGGAACAGCAAGGUGGGAUAAUUUAUGUUUUAUCUUUCAUGUAGUGCUGAUGUAUCCUUUAAUAAAUCAUGUGUUUUAAAGAAAUCUUGUCCUCCUAUAGUGAUGUAAAGAAUGUAUCCUUGAUUGUUGAAAUAAAAUACAAAUUAACACAACCCUCUUUUAACUGCUGUGUUUCAUGAUCUUCCAUUUGUGCUGCUGUUUCUUCCAUUGACUCCUAGCCUGUUUCUACAGCAGACAGAGAGGCCCUGAGAGGCAGCAGUGCUGAAUAAUGUUACGUUCACAAAAUGAAAAACUACUUUUGUAAAUACUACUGUACUACUAUUAUGGCUCUGGUAGACUUUUUUGGACAACAUAAUUUUAUAGUUUCUUUGAUUACAUGAUGUUAAAUAAAAUAUCUAAAUUA